UUGAUACAAGCAGAUUUGCCAGCCUCCUCAGUCAAGAGCAGCAUCACUCCUGAAACUCAAACAGGGCACUUUUAAAAGGAUGCCAAAGUGUAUGAAAAUAAAAUCUGUGUACUCAUAUUUGGACCAAUCUCCAAUCUCCUGUAAGAUUCAAAAGGACACAUUGAGAGGAGUGAGUGACUUUUCAAGAAAGCUAAACAGUCCAUGAUACUGAGCAUGAAGACUUCUGAUGGUUAAAUUCGGUUCAGUACUUUAAGUCACCUCAAGAGCUUGGAUUCUGACUUCUAGCAGUGAUAGUCUAUGUAAAAAUAUUGAUCUCUAAAUGCAUUGAUGAAUUGAUUAUAACUUCAAAAAUCAAGGAAAACAAAACAAAAAACAAACAAUCAAAAAUCCCAAAACAAAAACAAAAAUAAAAAACUACUAGCAAAAAAUAAUUUAACACUGAAAACUUAGAACAAGGCAAGGCUUCUUUUCUGUUUAUAGCCUAAGAAGUAAUGUGAUUGCCACUUAAAAAAAAAUGAUGAACAGCACGUGCGUGGAAGAACAGCAUGACCUAGAUCACUAUUUGUUCCCAGUGGUCUACAUAUUUGUGUUUAUAGUCAGCGUCCCAGCCAACGUUGGAUCUUUAUGUGUAUCCUUUCUGCAAGCAAAGAAGGAAAAUGAGCUAGGAAUUUACCUCUUCAGUUUGUCACUGUCAGAUCUGCUAUAUGCAUUGACUCUGCCCCUGUGGAUCAAUUACACUUGGAAUAAAGACAACUGGACCUUCUCUCCCGCCUUAUGCAAAGGGAGUGUUUUCUUCACAUAUAUGAACUUCUACAGCAGCACAGCCUUCCUCACCUGCAUUGCCUUGGACCGCUAUUUAGCAGUUGUCUACCCCCUGAAGUUUUCUUUUCUAAGAACAAGAAGAUUUGCACUUGUGACCAGCCUGUCUAUCUGGAUAUUGGAAUCCAUCUUUAAUUCUAUCCUUCUGUGGAAAGAUGAGACAAGCGUUGAAUACUGUGAUGAGGAGAAGUCAAACUUCACCCUGUGUUAUGACAAGUACCCUCUGGAGAACUGGCAGAUCAACCUCAACCUGUUUAGGACGUGCAUGGGCUAUGCAGUACCUUUGGUCACCAUCAUGAUCUGCAACCAUAAAGUGUACCAAGCUGUGCAGCACAACCAAGCCACAGAAAACAGCGAGAAGAGAAGGAUCAUAAAGUUGCUUGCGAGCAUCAUAUUGACGUUCGUCCUGUGCUUUACCCCCUUCCACGUGAUGGUGCUCAUCCGGUGCAUUUUAGAGCGCAAUAUGAACUUCAGUAAGUCUGGAAAGCAGACGUUUACGGUGUACAGAAUCACAGUGGCCCUGACCAGUCUCAACUGUGUAGCUGAUCCAAUUCUGUACUGCUUUGUGACUGAAACUGGGAGAGCUGAUAUGUGGAACAUAUUAAAAUUGUGUACCAGGAAACACAAUAGAUCACAAGGACCAAAAAGGGACAUGCUUUCUGUGUCCACAAGAGAUACCAUAGAAUUAGCGAUUAUAGAAUAAAAGAUGGAGGCAGGUUAAAUUGCAUGCUAUUAUAUAAUUAAAAACCAUAUUUUUGAAAGGAUAUCUGGCACAGGAGGACUAAAUGUUCUGAGUGAAUACUUUAUUCUACCCCAGGGGAAAUAAAUAUUCUAAAGGUGCAUUGUACAACUCUCACAUUGACUUUUAUUAAAUAAGAUGUGAAAAUGUA